AUGCGGGGGAUGAGGAGGGGGACGGAGGCCGCGGAAGGAUUUACCUCGACCGGAACCAAAUUGAGAAGCACGACGAGCCUUGGAGUUGGGACGCUUGUCACAGUUGUGGCGUGCGUCGCGCUUGCGCUCCCCUACGCAGUGGGGGCGCAAACGGCCACCACUCCUUUUCUAGCGCUCCCACCCGAGUGCACUCCAAAAGGCCACGGGGUCCUACAGAACCCGUACCGCAGCACAAACUUCAGCUCCAGUUGGCUCCAGCAGGACUUUGUCUGUGACCAUUCACUGACGCCCGGGUGGUACCAGUUCCAAAUGUUCGACAAGCCAGCCAGCAUGCCCACCCGGUGUGUGGAGGUGAACCACUGCGGGACCCAAGCGCCAGUCUGGCUGUCUCUGGGAGAAGGCGAGUCGCUGCCGGGUCCUCUGGAGCUUCGGCAUUUGACCGCCUGCGCUGCCUGGCAGUUGUUCCCGAGCAGCAGCAAGGAAUGCUGCCUGUUCCGCAUCCCGGUGUCCGUGCGCAACUGUGGAGGAUUCUACGUUUAUUUGCUGCAGCCCACUCAAGGAUGCAUGGGGUACUGUGCACAAGAAAUGGCCACCACGUCACCUUUGACCUGCGAGCACGGUGAGGUCAACAUAGACGGAACAUGUACAAUCGAGCAGCCUGCCGCUCCAUCCGAGCCCAUAAUCACUUCCGAGUGGAUAGAGGGCAUCGUGCAUCUCAAGUGCAGCUUCUCCCACAGCUCCAACAAGUCCAGCAGCUCACUCGGCCACGUGGUGGCCUGGUCCCGAACCUCAUCUCAGGGCAAGCGGGAGGAGCUCAAGCGGGAGACCACCAUCCAGACAUGGGCUCUCAUCGAGCUGGACGGCUUCAACCUCCGUCUGGAGGACAAGAUUUACUGCUCCGUCUACAGCUUCUCUUUGGACUUUCCAGACGUCCACAGUGCUUCAGUGGAAAGUCCAGAGUUCUUUGCUGGGACUCAGGUUUCGGUACGUCCGUGCGAGUGCGUGAACGGUGGCUGGUGCGUGAGCGACGUCAACACCACAGCCGGCAGCGGCAACUACACGUGCGCCUGCCCGGGCGGGUUCAAAGGUCACCGCUGCGAGGUCAACGUGGACGACUGCAAACCCAACCCUUGCAGGCUAGGACGCUGCGUGGACGGACCCGACUCCUUUUCGUGCAUCUGCCCGGCCGGAAUGACAGGUGUAACGUGUCGAGAGGAUGUGAACGAGUGCGUUUCUCAGCCAUGCUACCCCGGGGUGGACUGUACCAACACGCUGGGCUCCUUCUCCUGUGGACUCUGCCCAAGUGGAUACGUUGGCGACGGCGUUGUGUGCACUCCGACCGGGACCCCCGUGAGAGGGGCGCCCCCGCCCUCGCCCUGCUCCCGCAGGCCUUGCCACCCCGGUGUCCAGUGCUUCCAGAGCACCCAUGUGGCGGCAGGCUAUGUCUGUGGACCCUGCCCGCCUGGUCUCCAUGGCAACGGGACCACUUGCAUGCCAUCGGGUCAGGCGAGCGUCGCGGAUGAACAACUUCCAAGCGGCAGACUGAAUCCAGGCAGGGAGAUGAUGCGCGCCACCUUUUCCUCACCCAGACGGCAGCUUGACAGAUUCAGCAGACCUGAAGCCGCUGUCGCCAACCCACGAGAAGCCUCUUCUUCUUUGUCUUCGGAGAGAAGCCCCGGACGCUGCCCGCUUGGAUACGCGGGUGAUGGAAUCACGUGCAAAGUGAUUCUCGACUGUACCACAAGAGGGAGCCAAUUUACACCAUUAUGCUGUCCAGCUGUGUGCAGGUUUCAGUGCGGAAAGAACAUGGAGUGCACGCAGCCCAACACGUGCACCUGCAAGGACGGAUACACCGGAUACAACUGUCACAUGGCCGUUUGCCGGCCCGACUGCAAGAACCAAGGCAAAUGUGUGCGUCCUAACGUGUGCGAAUGUCCCCUGGGUUACGGUGGGCCCACGUGCGAGGAAGCAAACUGCGAGCCGCCGUGUCAACACGGAGGCACGUGUCUUGCCAGGAACCUUUGCACGUGCUCCUAUGGCUACGUGGGCCCAAGAUGUCAAAUCAUGGUGUGUAACAGGCAUUGUGAAAACGGCGGCGAAUGCGUUUCUCCUGACGUGUGCAAAUGCAAACCAGGCUGGAAUGGACCCACGUGCAACACAGCUGAGUGCAGUCCGGUGUGUCUGAAUGGAGGAACGUGCAUCAAACCAAACGUGUGCGCUUGCCCCGGCGGAUUCUACGGCUCACAGUGUCAAAUUGCUGUGUGCAGCCCGCCUUGCAAGAACGGAGGUCAGUGCAUGCGGAACAACGUGUGUUCAUGUCCCGAAGGUUACACGGGGAAACGAUGUCAAAGGAGUGUGUGCGAGCCCACAUGUAUGAACAGCGGCAAAUGUGUCGGGGCCAACACGUGUUCGUGUACAUCAGGCUGGAGGGGAAACAGAUGUAACAUACCCGUGUGUCUGCAGAAGUGUAAAAACGGAGGCGAGUGCGUGGGGCCCAACACGUGCCACUGUACCGCCAGCUGGGAGGGCCUGCAGUGUCAAACACCCGUGUGCCGACAGCGCUGCCUGAACGGGGGGCGCUGCGUGCUGCCUGACUACUGCUACUGUCGGAGGGGCUACAAGGGUCUCACAUGCGCCGUUCAGGUGUCGCAAGCCUGAAGUGAAGGAAAAAGACAGGGAGUGUGUGGAUAUCAGUGUGUACGUGUAGAUUGACAAAUGUCGCCGCCUUGUGGGGACUUGUUGUAUUGCUUUUGUUUUUUUAGUUCCCCUUACUGUCCUCUCUACCUCAUAUGAAAGCUUUUUUUUUUUUUUUUUAAGUCAAAUUGCAUGAGAGGCUCCUCCAUGCCCUACCCAAAAUUAUUUGACAAAUAUAUACAUUAAUGACGGUAAAUAUUUGGAUUUUAUUAUUAGUAGUAUCAUGACUUGUAUGCUAUUGUUUAUACAUGCUUUUGUUUAUUAGCACACCUGAGAGUAACUGUGAUUGUUAUUAAAUGGAAACAUAUAUGGAAAAGUAUAUGACUAAAGAAACAGUUUUUCCCUUUAAAUGUUUUUAUUACUCCAUUUAAUGACACAAAGUACAAUUCAUACACAGAAAGACAACGCAAGCCGUAUU